CUUAAGGAGAAGCUUACAAAUGCCCCCAUAAUGGUCUCACCGGAUUGGAGCCUUUUUUUCGAGCUCAUGUGUGAUGCUAGUGAUUAUGCAGUGGGAGCGGUGUUGGGACAAAGGCGGGGUAGACAUUUUCAACCUAUUUGCUACGCCUCAAAGACACUGAAUGAUGCUCAGGAGAACUACACAACUACCGAAAAAGAGUUGUUGGCAGUAAUCUUCGCUUUCGAUAAUUUCAGGACUUAUCUGGUGCUCUCAAAGGUUAUUGUCUACACCGACCACUCCACCAUCCGCUUCUUGAUGAGCAAGGCAGAUGCCAAGCCCCGACUAAUCCGAUGGAUCCUAUUACUUCAAGAGUUUGAUGUGGAGAUCAGGGAAAAAAGGGGGUCGAAAAUCUUGCGGCUUACCACCUCUCGCGGCUCCAAGGAUCGGGAGGGAGCACCUCCCCAAGAGAGAUAAAUGACACCUUCCCCAAUGAACGGUUAUUCGCCCUCGCUGCUGCAGAGAGUGCCAUCCCUUGGUUCGCAAACUUCGCCAACUAUCUGGUUGGAGGUCAGCUGGGCAAGGGAGUGAAUACACAUGAGAGAAAUAAGUUUUUCUCCGACCUCCGAUGCUACUUUUGGGAUGAUCCCCACCUCUUUCGGAUUGGGUCCGACAGAGUCAUUCGGAGGUGUGUACCGAAGGAGGAAAUGACGGAUAUCUUAAACCACUGUCAUACGGGACCAGCAGGAGGCCAUCACGAAAGCAACCAAACAGCAAGAAAGGUGCUCCAGUUGGGAUAUUGGUCGAGCCUUUUUUGGGAUGCCUACAAAUUUGUGAUUCAUUGUGACAAAUGCCAAAGGACAGGUAAUGCUUCUAACCGAAAUGAGAUGCCCCAAACAAUUUCUAUCACUUGUGAUAUCUUUGACGUUUGGGGCAUCGAUUUUAUGGGUCCUUUCCCCUCGUAUUUUAGUAACAAGUACAUUUUGUGGUCGUAGACUACAUCUCGAGGUGGGUUGAGGCUCAAGCUCUUCCCACCAAUGAUGCAAGACGAGCUAUGUAUUCGACAAACUCCUCGAUCGCUUCGGCGUCACCCACCAGGUGUCCAUGGCCUAUCAUCCCCAAACUAGUGGACAAGUCGAGUUAUUAAAUAGGGAACUAAAACAGAUACUAGAAAAGACUGUGGAUCAAUCCCGCAAGGAUUGGUCCGCAAAACUCGAUGAUGCUUUAUGGGCGUACCGCACAGCCUACAAAACCCCCAAUAUGAAUCUCGCCUUACCAUUUGAUGUAUGGCAAAGCGUGCCACUUUCCCGUAGAUCUAGAGCACAAGGCAUUCUGGGCCACAAAGCUUUUGAAUAUGGACCCUAUUUUGUGUGGCAAUGAACGAAAGUUGCAGGUGCUUGAACUCGAGGAAUGGCGUCUCGAAGCCUAUGAGAACACCAAUAUUUACAAGGAAAAGACGAAGCGCUUGCAUGCUGCUUGACUGAAAGGAGGGAAGAUUCCCAACCGUGAGACCAGGUUCUCUUAUACAACUCCCAAUUGAGAUUAUUCCCAGGGAAGCUAUUGUCGAAAUGGUCAGGCCCGUAUGUGGUAACGCAAGUGUUCCCAUACGGGGUAGUUGAGAUAUCCCACCCGGAGGAAGGACCUUUCAAAAUGAAUGGAAACCGCCUGAAACAUUAACUUGUAGGAGAGGUACUGCCGCAAAAAAAGGUGAUGUUCCUACAAGAUGCAUGACCCAGAGUCUCCGUCUAGCUUAAGACGUUAAAGAUGCGCUUGUUGGGAGGCAACCCAACGGAGGUUAGCAAGUUUGUCCUACUAUUACUACUAUCGUAUUGUGUUUUGUAAUAACCUCGCCUUGAGCGAUUCGUAUUGUGUUUGUAUGUGUGUGUUUUUGUCUUUUCCUUGAAGCUCCAAAUCCCUACCCCGGAAACAAUUCCAACUUUCACUCACCAAGAAAAGCGGUAAUGUCGUUUUACCCCUAUCUUACGCAAUUGAUGGCAAUGUCGAGCUUAAGUGUGUGUGUGUGUGGGGGGGGGGGUAGUCUACCUUUAUGCUUGUGUGAGCGUGAUUGAUGCUUGGAGCGUUGAUUUAUGCCCAAAUUUGAAAAAUUUGAGGGCUCCAAGCAAUGUUUGCAUGAUCAAAGUGGCCGGUUUGAAGGAGAAUCUUGUGGUUAUUGGCAUUGACCUUGAAUGGUUGCAUGUGAUCGAGUAUGACAUAUGAUGAUGAUUGAGAGGUGCAUUAGGAUAGUGCAAAAUUUUAGUUCUCAUGUGCAAAAAUGAAUGGAUGUUUUGACU